GUUGGGAGCUUGGAAGACUAUUAUCACUUCCAUCACAGCAAGACGAUUAAAAGAUCAACGUUCAACAGCAGAGGUCCACACAACUUCCUCAGAAUGGAUCCAAAGGUAAAAUGGAUGCAGCAGCAAGAAGUUAAACGAAGAGUCAAAAGGCGAGUUCGAAGCAACCACCGUUUCGUUUCGUUCAAUGACCCGUUCUGGCCUGAAAUGUGGUACAUGCACUGUGAAGACAACAACAGUGAAUGCAGGUCCGAAAUGAACAUUCUGGGAGCCUGGCAGAGGGGAUACACUGGCAAGGGUGUUGUAGUAACUAUCCUUGAUGAUGGCAUAGAGAAGAACCAUCCUGAUCUUGUACAAAACUAUGACCCUCGUGCAAGCUAUGAUGUCAAUGGAAACGAUGAAGAUCCAACUCCGCGCUAUGAUCCAAGCAAUGAAAAUAAGCAUGGCACCCGCUGUGCUGGAGAAGUGGCCGCAUCAGCAAACAACUCCAACUGCAUUGUGGGAAUUGCAUACAAUGCAAGAAUUGGGGGCAUCCGCAUGCUAGACGGUGAUGUGACGGAUGUGGUGGAAGCCAAGGCGAUUGGUGCCAAACCAGAAUAUAUUCACAUCUACAGCGCCAGUUGGGGCCCGGAUGACGAUGGCCGUACUGUGGAUGGGCCUGGUCCUUUGGCCAAGCAAGCAUUUGAACAAGGCAUUAAAAAGGGUCGUAGAGGACUGGGUUCUAUUUUUGUGUGGGCUUCUGGAAAUGGUGGCCGAGAAGGGGACCAUUGUUCUUGUGAUGGAUACACCAACAGCAUCUACACCGUCUCCAUUAGCAGUACCACCGAGAAAGGGAACAAGCCGUGGUAUUUGGAGGAGUGCGCCUCUACCCUUGCUACAACCUAUAGCAGUGGGGCCUUCUACGAGCGGCAGAUUGUGACCACGGAUCUGAAGAAACAUUGCACAAAAGGCCACACUGGGACUUCCGUUUCUGCCCCCAUGGUAGCUGGGAUCAUUGCUCUAGCUCUGGAAGCCAACCCUUUGCUGACAUGGCGAGAUGUGCAACACCUGCUUGUGAAAACAUCCCACCCGGUGCACCUCUUGGCUCCUGACUGGAAAACAAAUGGAGCUGGACGUCGAGUUAGCCAUUUGUAUGGAUUUGGCCUGGUAGAUGCAGAAUCUCUGGUUGUGGAAGCAAAGAAGUGGAAGAUGGUCCCUGCCCAGCAUAUCUGCAUUGGAACCUCAAAUAAGAAGCCUUGGUUCAUCCCUGCCAAUAAAACAGUGCGGACUGUGACUAUAACCAGUGCCUGUGUUGGUAACCCAGAGCAUCAUGUUGUAUACUUGGAACAUGUUGUCGUACGAAUUUCUGUUGCACACCCUCGGCGGGGAGAUCUACAAAUUUAUCUAACUUCUCCUUCUGGAACCAAGUCCCAGUUGCUGGCAAGGAGACAGCAUGAUGAGUCUAAUGAAGGCUUCAAACACUGGGAGUUCAUGACUGUCCACUGCUGGGGCGAAAGAGCAGCUGGAGAAUGGACAUUGGAGAUCCAGGAUAAACCCUAUCAUGUUCGAAACCUAGACAUACAAGGGAAGUUAAAAGAAUGGAGUCUCAUUUUAUAUGGAACAGCUGAGCAUCCUUACUCUAAUAUCAGCACCCAGCACUCUAGGUCAACAAUGCUGGACAUGCCAUCUUUGGAGAUGGAGCCCUCAAAAGUUGCUUUCUUCCAAAAUCAGAUGGAGAUACUGGAGGAAGAAGAUGAAUACACAGGUCUGUGUCAUAGGGAAUGUGGCGACCAAGGAUGCGAUGGUCCCAAUGCUGAUCAGUGCCUGAAUUGUUUCCACUACAGCCUGGGAAGUGUUAAAACUGGCAGGAAAUGUGUGAAUUCCUGCCCCCCUGGCUACUUUGGGGACAGUCUGCAACAUAAGUGCCGUAGAUGCCACAGGGGCUGCGAAGCAUGCUUGGGCAGAAGCCACAACUCGUGCACAGCGUGCAAGCGUGGUUUUUAUCACCACCAAGAGACAAACACUUGUGUGAAUCUGUGUCCAGCUGGGUUUUACUCUGAUGAUGGUCAAAGACGUUGCCAGAAAUGUCAUCAAAACUGUAAGAAAUGCUUUUGGGAGAUGGACAAAUGUUCUGUCUGCAAAGAUGGAUUCAGCCUUGUAGACAACAACUGCAUUUCAGGAUGCCAGCGGGGCAUGUACUUGAUAAAGGAACCUCUGCAAUGUGAGGGCUGCCAGACAGACUGCAGGACAUGCGCAGGGCCCAGCCAAGAAGAAUGUCUCCAGUGUGCCAGGAAGCUCCAUGAGUGGAGGUGUGUCCCAACAUGCGGAGAAGGCUAUUACCAUGAUGAGAUGCUCGGAUUACCGUUCAGAGUCUGCCGAAGGUGUGAAGAUAACUGCUUAAGUUGCGAUAGCUCUGGAAGAAACUGUUCCAAGUGUAAAGAAGGUUUUAAUCUGAUGAGUGGUUCGUGCAUUGCUAGUGACAGAUGUCGCAAUGCUGAUGAGAUAUUCUGCGAGAUGGUGAAAUCCAACAAGUUAUGUGAACGCAAGCCAUUUGUACAGUUUUGCUGUCGGACAUGCUUCUUGGCUGGCUAAGCCAGCAUUUAAUAUCUGCCAUCUGGAGGUCCUAGUGUGCCAGUUCCUUACAACAAAGUUUUCUUUUUUUCUUUUCCACUCCUACCCCCCACCCUGGCCCUAACCUUCAUCUAAUGCUGGCUUCAGCUUCAGCUUGCAACUCAGAUUGUUUCAGUAUCACCUGCAAGUUUGGUUCCUACAAUGUAGUAACUCUAAGUCCUAGAUAGCAUUAUCACCUUGCUUGCUACAUCUUUACCAAAAAUAAAUAAAGUAAGUAAGAUAAAAAGGCCAAUGGCAAUAUGAAUCCUUCUCAGACAUGUCAUGCGAGCAGAGAUACACAUGGUCUCAACUUCACUCAUGCUAGCCAACUUGUCCAAAUUGUUCCCAGGCACCAGUAAGGAUGCAGAUAUACAUUAUUUCUGCAUUUCCAAAAAGGAAAGGGCAUUUCUUCUUUCUCCCUCCCAAACCCUUUUAGAAUAGUUUACAAAUUCCUUGGAUCAGCUGCAUUUGAUAGAUUUGCAUUCUCACCACUGCAACAUCAUGAUGUGAUAUGAUUUGUUCCUACAACGUUGUGCUGAAAAAUAAGCACAUUCCCCAUUGUCUUUUGAUGGCAUCAUGGUCUUAGUUUGACAGUGACCCAGAGGGAUUUAUAGAAUUAGCAGGGGACAGUGGUCUCCACUUAUCCCCACAUGUUCAUCUCCUUGUACACUGAUCUCAACAUUCAAGCCAUGCCAUAAAUGAUCUGGUGUGUUGCCUACGACUCUGAUCAACUGGAUUUAAAGCCAUCUCUGGAAAAUAACUGGUAACAUGCUAGACUCUUGACCACAGAUGUAGCUACAAUCUUCUCUCCCUGCCCCAAAUAGAUCUCUGAGCUUUGACAGAUCGCUUUGCUUUCCUUGGCCCACCGUAUCUCGCCAACAAAACCUUCCUGAAAGAUGAUAGCUCGUGAUUUCAGGACACAAACCUUUCCAAAGGGUGCUUCAUUUGGCCAGUCAAGAAGAAGGGAAAGAAAACAGCCAAUUCUACCAAAUCACAUUGAACAGAACAAUGCAUCUGAAUGUAUUCGCUAUACAUAAAUAUAUAUAAUAUAAUAUAUAUAUAUUUUAUAGUUUGUCAUGUGGUGUUUAUAUAAUUGUGUUAAGAUAUAUUUGACUAUGUUGUCCUACAGAUUUUUUAAAAAAAGAAGUAACUUAUACAGUCAUUGCCUUCAUAGAAUUUUUUAAUUAUUUUUUACAGGGACAUAACUUUUUUUAAGAAAUGUGUUGCCCUCCUUUCUAAAUGACAUCUUUGUAAGCUUCAACAAAGUUGUUUCUUUGUACUCAGACAUAUGUAAACAACUUUUUUUUCCUCAUAUAAUAAUGCCUGUUCUGACUCACAUUUUUAAUAAGUUAAAACCUCCAGUCUGUGAAACGUGAAAUUGGCAGUAAAAUGUUAAUUGGCUCUUUACAAAGUGGGUUUUCAAAAUUUUGGGGUGGGGGAGGGUGGGAAACUAAAAAUUAAUUAGUAUGUUCAUAUUGCUUGAACCCAUGUGCUGUCAAACUGGUGAGAUGAAUACUGUAAACCAAGCUAGUGUUUCUGAUAUGGCCAAAAAAUGACCACAACAUGAAUAAAAUAUUUAUAGUCCCAUGAGUUACUC